AUGGUUAUAGAAUAUUGUGACUUGUCCACUUCCUGUCCCACACAUUUUUCUCAUUUGCACCAACCCAGCGCUGACGGUCAUUAUGAAGUUUCGUGGGAGCCGAAUAUUCUAGUCUACUCUAAUGGCCAAAUCCUCUGGAUGCCUCCGGCUAUCCAUGUCAGCUCCUGCACCAUUGACGUCCAAUACUUCCCAUUUGACCAACAGAUUUGUCAACUCAAGUUUGGCAGUUGGACAUUUGAUGCAACUCAGGAGCGAAAGCAGCAUCUUGUUUGCUGGAAGAGGUCUACUCAAUGA